AUGGCCCCCAGCCGAAAUGGAAUGAUCCUGAACCCCCACUUCCACAAAGACUGGCAGAAAAGAGUCCGCACUUGGUUCAACCAGCCAGCCAGGAAACUCCGUAGACGAAAGGCUCGCCAGGCCAAGGCACGUCGCAUCGCUCCCCGUCCCAUCGCCGGGCCUCUCAGGCCGAUAGUCAGGUGUCCCACCAUCAGAUACCACACAAAGGUUCGUGCUGGACGAGGUUUCACCCUGGAGGAACUCAAGGCUGCUGGCAUCCACAAAAAGACAGCCCGCACCAUUGGAAUCGCUGUGGAUCCCCGCCGUCGUAACAGAUCUACAGAAUCUCUGCAGGCUAACGUGCAGCGCCUCAAGGAGUACCGCUCCAAGCUCAUCCUCUUCCCCAGGAAGGCUUCUGCUCCUAAGAAGGGAGACAGCAAUGAGGAGGAACUGAAGAUGGCCACUCAGCUCUCAGGACCAGUUAUGCCCAUCAGACAGGUACACAAGAAGGAGAAGGCCCGGGUUAUCUCUGAAGAUGAGAAGAACUUCAAGGCUUUCGCCAGCCUGCGUAUGGCUCGCGCUCACGCUCGCCUCUUUGGCAUCCGAGCCAAGAGAGCUAAAGAGGCCGCUGAGCAGGAUGUGGAGAAGAAAAAGUAA